CAAGAGUAGUGAACGCGAGAGCGCGCGUUGCUCGGGCGUGAGAGACUGCACUGAUUAGCAGCAGAAAAAAGACAGGCGAACGUGACACGGAGAAAGAGACUCACUUGCGUUAUUUCUAAAAAGAGGGGAAAUGGAUUUCUUCUGAGUUGCAUCACAGUGAAACCCAGGAUUUUGGUCAUUUUACAAAGAGGAAAGCGUUUUGGAGGGGUUGUACGAAUAACAAUCUUAUUCUUCCAAGCUGCAGGAUUUAAAAUAGGACUUCUAAGCGCUGUAUUUGUAAGCAGGCUGAGUGCGCGUCCUCUCCAUCCGAAAAGAGUAGCUCGGGAGCGCGCAAAUAAUUUUCAGGCAGGAGUAAAGCUGGGAUGUCUUGACGCUGUCUCCCGGGCCCCUCCGAAGGAUGAGUUGCGCGUGCUGAUGGGAACUUCUUCUCCAAUAUGAGUGUCCAUGAUGUUGGAGGGAGACGACGCUACGAGGACUCGGAGUUCACGCUGCGGAUCUACCCGGGGAACAUCGCCGAGGGCACCAUCUACUGCCCCGUCACCGCCCGCAAGAGCACCAAGGCCGCCGAGGUCAUCGACCAUGUGAUCGACAAGCUCCAGCUGGACCGCACCAAGCUGUACGUGCUCGCCGAGGUCAAGGAGUUCGGCGGGGAGGAAUGGAUCCUCAACCCCACCGACAGCCCGGUCCAGCGCAUGAUGCUGUGGCCCCGCAUGGCCCUGGAGAACCGCUUCUGCGGGGAGGACUACCGCUUCCUGCUGCGCGAGAAGAACCUGGACGGCUCCAUCCACUACGGCAACCUGCAGAUGUGGCUGCGCGUGACGGAGGAGCGGCGCCACCUGGUGGAGAGGGGCUUCCUGCCGCAGCCGCUGCAGAAGGACCACGACGACCUGUGCAACCUGCCCGACCUCAACGAGAAGACGCUGCUCGACAACCUGCGCAGCCGCUUCAAGCAGGAGAAGAUCUACACCUACGUGGGCAGCAUCCUCAUCGUCAUCAACCCCUUCCAGUUCCUGCCCAUCUACAACCCCAAGUACGUCAAGAUGUACGAUAACCACCAGCUGGGCAAGCUGGAGCCGCACAUCUACGCCGUGGCGGACGUGGCGUACCACGCCAUGCUGCAGCGGCGCCAGAACCAGUGCAUCGUCAUCUCCGGGGAGAGCGGCUCGGGCAAGACCCAGAGCACCAACUUCCUCAUCCACCACCUGACCGCCCUCAGCCAGAAGGGAUUCGCCAGCGGGGUGGAGCAGAUCAUCCUGGGGGCGGGGCCAGUGCUGGAGGCCUUCGGAAACGCAAAGACUGCUCACAAUAACAACUCCAGUCGCUUUGGCAAGUUCAUCCAAGUCAACUACCAGGAGAGUGGCACUGUGAGGGGAGCGUAUGUGGAGAAGUAUCUGCUGGAGAAGUCCAGGCUGGUGUACCAGGAACACAAUGAGCGGAACUACCAUGUUUUUUAUUACCUGCUGGCCGGGGCGAGUGAAGAGGAGAGGACGGCUUUUCACCUGAAGAAGCCUGAAGAGUACCAUUACCUCAACCAGAUGACAAAGAAACCCCUCAGGCUGCAUUGGGAAAGUUACUAUGAGAGUGAACCGGACUGCUUCACGGUGGAGGGGGAGGAUCUGAAGCAUGACUUUGAGCGGCUGCAGCUGGCCAUGGAGAUGGUGGGGUUCCUGCCGACCACACGAAGACAGAUCUUCUCUCUGCUGUCAGCCAUCCUUCACUUGGGGAACAUCCGCUAUAAGAAGAAGACCUAUCGGGACGACUCCAUCGACAUCUGCAACCCUGAAGUGCUGCCCAUAGUGUCGGAGCUGCUCGAGGUGAAAGAAGAAAUGCUGUUUGAAGCCCUGACCACACGGAAGACCGUGACGGUGGGGGAGAGGCUCAUCGUCCCCUACAAGCUGGCUGAGGCCGGGACUGUAAGAGACUCCAUGGCAAAGUCUCUCUACAGCGCGCUCUUCGAUUGGAUCGUAUUCAGGAUCAACCACGCGCUGCUCAACAACAAGGACCUGGAAGAGUGUGCCAAGAUCCUGUCCAUUGGGGUGCUGGACAUCUUCGGCUUUGAGGACUACGAGAACAACAGCUUCGAGCAGUUCUGCAUAAACUUCGCCAACGAGCGCCUCCAGCACUACUUCAACCAGCACAUCUUCAAGCUGGAGCAGGAGGAAUACCGGUCCGAGGGAAUCAGCUGGCACAAUAUCAACUACAUCGACAACACCGGCUGCAUCCACCUCAUCAGCAAGAAGCCCACGGCAUUGCUCCACCUACUGGACGAAGAGUGCAACUUCCCACAGGCCACCAACCAGACCCUCCUGGACAAGUUCAAACGGCAGCACGAGGGCAACCGCUACAUCGAGUUCCCCGCCGUCAUGGAGCCCGCGUUCAUCAUCCACCACUACGCCGGGAAGGUCAAAUACGGGGUCAAGGACUUCAGGGAGAAGAACACGGACCACAUGCGGCCCGACAUCGUGGCUCUCCUGAAGAGCAGCAAGAACGCCUUCAUCUGCGGGCUGAUCGGCAUCGACCCGGUGGCCACCUUCCGCUGGGCGGUGCUGCGCGCGUACUUCCGCGCCAUGGUGGCAUUCAGAGAGGCGGGGAAGAGACACGUGGAGAAGAAGAGCGGGCAUGACGAUGCUGUUCCGUGUGCGGUCUUGAAAAGUGUGGAUAGUUUUAGCUUUCUGCAUCACCCUGUGCAUCAGAGAAGCUUAGAGAUCCUGCAGAGGUGCAAAGAGGAGAAGUACAGUAUCACCCGGAAGAGUCCCAGGACGCCGCUGUCCGAUCUUCAGGGAACCAACACGCUGAAUGAGAAAUCUCCACGGGAGAGCUUCAGCGUGGGCUGGAACGGUCGUAGCGGGAGGUCCAGCCGCCUGUCGUCCACCGGCUCCCUGCUGGAUGAGGACGGCGUCUUCGUCAACUCCACCAGCAGCAAGCUCCUGGAGAGGGCCCACGGCAUCCUCAUGAGGAAUAAAAACUACAAGCCCAAACCUAGCCUGCCCAAGCACCUGCUGGAUGUGAAGUCUCUGAAGUACCUCAGCUGCCUGACGCUCCACGACCGCAUCACCAAGUCCCUGCUUCACCUGCACAAGAAGAAGAAACCGCCUAGUAUCAGUGCCCAGUUCCAGGCAUCUCUGAAUAAGCUAAUGGAGACACUUGGCCAGUCUGAGCCCUACUUUGUGAAGUGCAUCCGCUCCAAUGCAGAGAAGCUCCCCCUGCGUUUCCAUGACGGCCUGGUUCUGAGGCAGCUACGUUACACAGGCAUGCUGGAGACCGUGCGCAUCCGACAAUCAGGAUACAGCAUCAAAUAUACCCAUCAGGAUUUCGUCCGUCACUUCCGUGUGCUGCUGCCCGACGGCACAGGUGCCACCCAGGAGGGUCUGCAGACGUACCUGUCCCAGGUGGACCUGGCGCCCGACGGAUUCCAAGUGGGAAAGACCAUGGUGUUCCUGCGGGAGACGCAGCGGCAGCGGCUGCAGGACCUGCUCCACCAGGAGGUGCUCCGGAGGAUCGUCUCCCUGCAGCGCCGCUUCAGAGCCCUGCUGGAGAGGAGGCAGUUCGUCAGCAUGCGCCUGGCCGCCUGCGCCAUCCAGCGCUGGUGGCGGAGCUACAGGGAUAAGCAGGAGGAGGAGGAGGAGGAGGAGGAGGAACCCGACCCUGCCCUGCAGGAGGCGGCGGCUCUGUGCCUGCAGGCGGCCUGGCGGGGGUACCGUGAGCGACAGCGCCUCCUGAGGCAGCGCGAGGCGGCGUGGGUCAUCCAGAGGAGCUGGAGACGCCUCAGCUCCCAGCGGGGCCGGGCGGCUCGUACCAUCCAGGCCGCCUGGCGGGGGUGCCAGCAGAGGGAGCGCUACCACAGGCUGCGGGACGCGGCCGUGCUCCUGCAGGCGGCUAGCAGAGGGUACCUGGCACGAAAGAGAUUUAGGGCCCUGAAGGAGGAGAAGCUGGCAGAGGUGCGGCUGCAGAAUGGGCAGGCCGACCCCACGCCAGAGGAGGAGCACCCAAAGAUCAUGGGAAUGGACAUGGGGAAGUGGGAAGACCGCUCCUACGAGGAGAGAGAGCGCAGCCUCCGCAGGCUGGGCUCCCUGCAGGGGUCGGAGGAGGCGGCCCCCGAGGACUCCCCGGCCGAGAGCAGAGUGCCGCUCUCAGAGUCGACGAUGGCGAGGGAGAGGCCCAGGGUGGCGGACGACCACCAGAAGACGAGGGCCAAGCGGGAGAGCCGGAGGAUGAGGGAGCUGGAGCAGGCCAAGUUCAGCCUGGAGCUCCUGAAGGUGAGGUCCACGGGCGGGGCCUCGCCCUCCGAGGACCGUCGGUGGUCCGCCGAGCUGAUCGCGGAGAGUACGCAUUCUCCCCAGGGGACCCCAGACAGCGAGAGCUCGAGGGGGAGCUUCGAGCUGCUUGGCACGGAGGACUACCCCAAAACCAAGCCUUCCGCCCCUGCAGAGGGGCCCGACUCUCCGUCCGCCACGCCAGAGCGGUCCAACGCCUUACCGUCCAGCCCAACGUCUCCAACACUACCGCCCGAACCCAACGAACACCCCGGCAGCCCCAAGACCAAACCGCCCAGCCUGGCCCCGCUACCCAAAAUUGAGAACAACCUGCCCACCUUCUACGUGCCUCCUCACGAUGCUGUGGCCGCCUCCCGCCCACGCUCCAAGACCGCCCCCGCGGAGACCUCCAGGUCCGAGGGCGCCGGCAAGUCGUCCCGCCGGCCCGUGGUGGUGGUCAUCAGCAUGCAGAAGGACACUCCUCUGGAGGACACCCAGGCUCAGGCCCAGGCCCAGGACCAGGCCCCGUCCCCGGAGCUGCGCGACAGCGCGGCCCAGACCAGCGAGCCUCCCUCCCCGGCCGCCCACGAUGUCCUGGAGCGCCUGGAGCGCAUGAACGUGGAGAAGGAGGAGCGGCACAAGCAGCAGCAGCAGGAGAGGGAGCGGGAGAUGAUGGAGCAGAUCCGCCAGCAGACCGAGGUGCUGGAGAAGCAGCGGAAGUUCCUGGAGCAGUACAAGAAGGACCAGCUGGAGAAGCAGAGGGGCGAGGCGCUGCUCAGGAUCGAGCAGAGCCGGCAGGGUGAGGCGGCGGGACGCAGGGCCGAGCGGCCCAGCUCCCUCCUGGUAUUCCCGGCCGCGCCCGAACCAGCCCCUCCCUCGGAGCUGUCUCCCUCGAGCGUGGACGUCCAGAUCGUGUGUCCUCCACCGGCCCGCCCCACAGGAGCCAGGGACCGCACCGUCCCGGUGUUCCAGCCGGAGAGGAGGGAGGGGCGGCCGCUGCAGGACGGCUGGGCACCCAAGCUCACCCUGGAGCCCCGGGAGGGCGUGGCCAGGGGGGGCAGGGCGCACAAAAAAGCCUCCUCCCAGACCAUCAACAUCAGCAUGACAGACAGGACCUCCAACAUCUUCUUCUCACCCAAGGACAACAAGGUCGCCAUUUCCAAGUCUGACAAGGACUUUGCCAAUCAAGAGAGGUCCAUGGCCAUCCAGAAGGAUGAACCCUCCAGCUCCAAAACUUUCAAAGCAGUGAAAGGGCGAGAGGUUGCCAGACCAGGCCAUAAAAAGAAAGCCCGCAUGGCACGGACACGGUCCGACUUCCUGACCCGCGGUUCAAACCCAGAGGGGGAGGGGGAGUCGGAGGACGAUGAGUACGAUGAGACCCCCCUGACGCCCCCUCUGUCCCCCAGCCUGCCCCACCCUGAGCAGGACGCAGAGGGGGGCGAUGUUCAGGCUUGUCACAGUGACUCCGAAAUGCCGUCCACGCUCACAGGAGACCAGAAGAAGAUGCACAAGACCAUGUCCUCCGGAGACCUGGGCAAGGCGGACAGCCUGAGGAAGACGUCUCACACGGACGGGAGGGUGCGGGGGAAGAUGCGCUUUUGGGGAAAGACGAAGCAGGGGGAUAAGAAGGCCGCAAGAGAGAAGCUGGCCAGUGCAGGGGAGGUGCAGGAGGGAGACCUGGCCGACAGUGGGAGCGUCGGAGAUGCAGGACAGGAGCUCAUGUCGCCCCCCCGCAGCCCGGACCUGGCCACGGAGAGGGGGAAGGAGUUUAAGGAGAACAAGGAGCCCUCUCCGCGGGUGAAGCGCCGGCGCAGUGUGAAGAUCAGCAGCGUGGCCCUGGAGCCGGCCCAGUGGCAGAACGACCUGCUGCCCAUCCUCACCAGCGCCGGGGACUACAAGAGCAUGAACGAGUUCCUCAUGAAGAAGAUCAAUGACCUGGAUACUGACGACUGUAAGAAGGACACCUUGGUGGACGUGGUGUUUAAGAAGGCACUCAAGGAGUUCCGUUUGAACAUUUUCAACUCCUACUCUACUGCUCUGGCGAUGGACGACGGAAAGAGCAUCCGCUACAAGGACCUGUACGCGCUGUUCGAGCACAUCCUGGAGAAGAACAUGCGCCUGGAGCAGCGGGACUGGAGCGAGUCACCCGUCAAGGUCUGGGUCAACACCUUCAAGGUCUUCCUGGACGAGUUCAUGACCGAGUACAAGCCCUUGGACAGCACCCUCAGCCGGGCACCCAAACCCGACCGCAAGAAGAGAAGGAAAAAGGACUCCGAUAUUGUGGAGGAGCACAAUGGCCACAUCUUCAAGUCCACGCAGUACAGCAUCCCCACCUACUGCGAGUUCUGCUCCUCCCUCAUCUGGAUGAUGGACCGGGCCUGUGUGUGCAAGCUGUGUCGCUACGCCUGCCACAGGAAGUGCUGCCUGAAGAUGACCUCCAAGUGCAGUAAGAAGUACGACCCCGAGCUGUCCUCCAGGCAGUUUGGGGUGGAGGUGUCCCGUCUGACCAAUGACGAGAGGGCGGUGCCCCUGGUGGUUGAGAAGCUCAUUAACUACAUCGAGAUGCACGGCCUCUACACGGAGGGCAUUUACAGGAAGUCCGGCUCCACCAAUAAGAUCAAGGAGCUGAAGCAGGGACUGGAUACAGAUGUAAACAACAUGAACCUGGAUGACUACAACAUCCAUGUCAUUGCCAGUGUUUUUAAACAGUGGCUGCGGGAUUUGCCAAAUCCACUCAUGACGUUUGAGCUGUAUGAGGAAUUCCUUCGAGCAAUGGGCUCUCAUGACAAGAAGGAGGUGAUUCGAGCGGUGUACUCCGUGAUCGACCAGCUCAGCAGAAUGCACCUCUGCACCCUGGAGCGCCUGGUCUUUCACCUGGUCAGGAUCGCCCUGCAGGAGGAGACGAACCGCAUGUCUGCCAAUGCCUUGGCCAUCGUGUUUGCCCCCUGCAUCCUGCGCUGCCCCGACACCAUCGACCCCCUGCAGAGCGUGCAGGACAUCGGCAAGACCACGGCGUGUGUGGAGCUGAUCAUCGGCGAGCAGAUGAAUAAAUACAAGGCCAGGCUGAAGGACAUCAACAGCUUGGAGUUUGCAGAGAACAAAGCCAAGAGCAGGCUGACCCUGAUCCGCAGGUCCAUGAAACCCGUACUAAUCGCUGUUAGAUUUAUGAGCAUAACCCGCAGUGCCAUCCCGCCAAGCGCCGCUAAAAAGGGUAAGGGGCGCCUGCGCAGGACCAGCUACCACACGCCCUCGCCGCCCAUCAGCCCGCGGUUGCCCUCGGUGACGGACGUGGUGGAGGAGAGCGCGGGCGAGGAGGCGGGCGAGGACCCGGCGCUGUCGGAGCAGCAGCAGGUGGCCAUGCAGCAGGAGGAGAGGGUGCUCACCGAGCAGAUCGAGAGUCUGCAGAAGGAGAAGGAGGAGCUGACAUUUGAGAUUUUGACCCUGGAGCCCCGGGCUUCUGAUGAUGAGACCCUUGAGUCUGAGGCGUCCAUCGGCACAGCGGACAGCUCAGAGAACCUGAAUGUGGACUCAGAAGGGGCCACCUCUGACUUCUCUGAGAGAGCGCCGGCGCAGGCUGCCGCUCGGCCCAAGCGGUCGGAGGGGAAGAGCAGACGCACCCUGAGGAGGCAGCCGGACUCCCUGGACUCCGUGGACUCGGUCUCCACCGUCUCCUCCGUGUCCUCCGCCUCCUACCUGCCCUCCGCCUCUUCCGCCUCCUACCUGCCAUCCGGCACGGCCGCCCGCCGCUUCCGGUACCGCUCAAACUCUCCCUCCGCGGGCCCGUACCGGUCCGGCACGCUCGGCGACAGCCAGGACGGGCCGGAGCCGGAGCCCGAGGACCGGGCCCAGUACAGCAGCCGCGGGACCUACAACCCGGAGAAGGGCCGGCAGAAGCUGAAGGCCACCAAGAGCUCGCCCCAGCGGCCCCGCGACCCCCCCGAGGCCAGCGGCCGCAAGAGGGAGCCCGACUUCAGCUCGCCCAAGCAGCUGGUGCUGUACGGCAGCAACGAGUUCAUGGUGUGAGAGGGAGAGCCGGCACCCCAUCCCGCACGCUCCUCCCCCCCGCCACGCCACGUCCCGCCUCCAGCCCCCUCCUGCCCCGCCCCUGUGCCAAGAAGGGGCGGGGCUACCUCACCGCUUUUCCCAUCCCCGUCCACGUGCGCUCGGAGCGGUGGAGACCCAGCCGGAGGGUCUGAGGGAAGGGGCCCCGCCCGGACUUCGGCGGCCGAGCUCCCCGUCCUGCCGGGGGGGUUCAGGGGGGCGGCCCACGGGGGAGGCGCGGCCCGAAGGCGGAGAAAAGGGAAGACGGAUGCUGGGGGGCGACCCGCCUGGAGCGAGAGACGCCCAGCAGCUGACGGGGCCUGCGGCUCCAGCCAAUGGGAGAGAGGGAGGCGGCCGCCAGAUCCGCCAGCUGUUCAAACUCCAUGAACUGAAGCUUAAUGGACUGGCUGCUUUGAGGUUUACAGAACAUAACAGACCAGUGCGGCAGCAUGCUCCAUAAUUACAGCUUUGGUUUAUGUUUUUAUGUUUGUUUUCUAUCCCCCAACUUAAUAGAUUUUAAUAAUGUGGAAUAUAUAAAGCUAUAUAAAUAUAUUAAGGACUAUAAGAAGUGUAUAAAGCCAGGACACCAGUGACUGUUGGGUAGUUAAAGUCAAAUAUUUAUAUCUGUCACUAGUCAAGAGUAUUUUGUCGAGAAAUGUGUGGGGUUGGCUUCUGGUCAUGUGUGUUUUUUGCUCUUUUUUGUUUUGUUUUGUUUUUUUGUGAAAAACCACUUUGUGUGCACAGAGUUUGUGCUGCUUUUUUGACGAAAAUAUGGCCAUGAAAGGGACCAGCUUAGCUGGCAUCUCACAGCCAGGGUGACCCCAGCUAAGUAACCGUUGUCAUUAUGUAACACUCACCGUCUGACCGCCAUACUAAAUGUAAGGUAAUGCACGUAGUUAACCAAAUGCCUUUUCCCCCACGCCCUUGUGUGGAUAUGUGUUUCUCCGAAACCCAUUCUUUCUGUGAGAAAUCAGUGUUAAACUAAAAGUAACCAAACAAGGACUUGAAUUUCUUUUAUGUCUCUUUAUUAUUAUUAUUAUUAUUAUUAUUAUUAUUAUUAUUAUUAGUCUGAUUAUCAUUGUCACAGUUAUCAUUGUUAUUGUUAUUAUUUGUAAGGUUGUAGCAGUUUAGUGCUAAUGACGGCCCCUCUCCCUGGGGGAGGGAUGUGGUUCUGGACAUGGGGCGGUCAGUAGUCCUUGACGGCUGGCUCAUUCGAGCUUUGACCGUCUGCGUAUUCCUGCCAGGCCAGAAGGAGAGUCCACAAUCCAGCCAUAGCUGUCGGCGACCAGGUGCUGCCCAACCCCUAUUUCCUGAUGCUAAAUAAUCCAAACCCCCCUGAAGAAGUGGCCUGGGGCAGCUUUUUUUAUGAAGUGAUGAUGUUCACGAGGGGCCCGGUUUGGCUGGCUGUCCAGAGUGGCUAACUAGGUGUCUCCCGUGGGAGUGUACAGUGUGCAUUUCUGAAGAAAGCACAAGUAUUUAAGCUAGGCUGGCACCUGGGCCGUCGCCAUUGUUUUAUUGUGUCCUUAAAGUGGAAUGUGGGCUAACUCUACUUGUGGGCCUCAGUGUCCGCAGAGCAUUAUCGUGUGAACAGAAGGUGCAGCUUGUUGAAUUCGGUUGCUAAUUGGUGGGGUAGCAUUUAGCAUCGCCAAACUCCAGGUGCUCUGCCCUCCACACCUGUUCCUCGUGCCCUUUGCCCUCUUCUGAGCAGAGCUGAGACAGGGUUCAGAGGUUUUGGGGAGAAACCCAGCUGUUGAAGCCACAGCCAAGCCUAGCAAAACUGUCAAUCACUUUUGGACCAGUUUUGAAAGUUGGCCUUCUCAGAUGUAUUUAGAAGCAAAGAAAAUUCUCGUGGGACAAGUGUCAAGGUUUUCAGUGCCACGGGCUGAAUUUAAACCCAUGGAGCAGGUCUGUGUGUAUAUUUAGGAGGCUUACACCCACAGCAUGUCCCUCUGGUUCAGGGGCACUCUCUCUGUCCCUGGCCCCUCCUCUGGCCCUCCAGAGCAGUGCAGAAAAUAACUGUGCAGCACGUGUCUGUUUUGCUGAAUUCAAGUUUAAGCUAAGCAAAAACAAUCCCACAAUCAGCCGCAGUGAGCCAAAUUUAAUUUUAAAGGAAACUACAUCAGGUACAUAGUGGCACACACCAAAUUAGAAUGCUUUUGGGUGUAUUCGGCAACAUUCGCAUAUGUACACCAUUUCUGGUACAGCAACUGUUUAUGUGAAACACCAAAGUAUGCAGGUAAAAUAUCUGCAUAUAAAUGUCAAAUUCAGCUAGCAUCACUGAUGUAGAGUGAACAAAGCUCUUUAUGUUUCUUUGAAAUAUUUUUUCAUGUUCCCUGUAAAAUACGUAACAGCCUGAGAAGUCUGUUGAGCACAUAUUGUGAAAUAUAUGUCAUUGAAACAUUCGUUCUGACACGUAUAAAGGGGCCAUUUGGUUGUGUGGGAUUACCACCGUUGGGAUAAACCAAAGCUUUUCUACGUUUCCCUGACAUGGCUACACGUGAUUUAUGCACUAUCACAGUCUGUUGGAGAAAUCAACCAGGACCCUUUGGGACAUUUGACUCAAUGACACAUUAAAACUUCUACAAACACAUUCUUCACCUUAGUUUCAUUAUAUCCCACAGUAGGUCGAGAUAUAGGGUGAAAAGGUAACAAUUCUGGCUUGUAUGUAAUAAAACAGCAGUUCACGGCAUAGACCAAUAUAUAUCCUCUAUAUAAUGCUAACAGUAUAUUGUUGUCCUGCAUUUUGAAUUUAAAUGGACCCUGCUUAAGAGGGGUGGGGGGGGGUCUUGACUUCUUGGCAUUUUCAUCCAUGGUAAUCUCUGGGGGGCAGUGGAAGCCUUAGUCACACAGUUUUAUAUGAAACACCUGCUUGCUGCUUGUGGCUCACAUCUGUCAAUCACACCCUGACUGCAGCAUGGAUUACACUCCGCUCUACGUAAAGACCAGUCAAACUGUACUGUUUUUGUUGUUAUCGUUGUUCCUGUGGUCUCAGGCUACAACGCUGUAGACUCGCUCGUUGCAGUGUGAGGAGGGUGGGGCGGUCUGCUCCUCCCCGCUCCACUGUAAGUGCUGUCUGCAGCCACCCCGUUCCCCCCCCUGCUGGUGUGGGGGAGGGGCCCGGAGGGUGACCAAUAAUCCGCCCAAAAUUAGUUAAACACCUCCUACCUGCCUAAUGAAAGCUGGCAUUGGUUCCCAAAGGUUUGUCAUUGUUCUUGGCAUCCUGCAAAAGUGAAUGUACUAAUCACUGGAAAAGGCAUGCUCUGCUAUUUUAUAUAUAGUAAUUUAUGAUUAUGCUAAGGAGUGUAAAUUUGAAUAUGUACCUCUUGUAAAAAAGGAUAUAUUAUCCUGUGUAUGCUAUAUGUAUGUAUAUGUAUACAUAUACAUAUAUGUAUAUGUAUACGUAUGUAUUAGUAAUCAUGUUUUUUGUUUUAACUGGCCACAUCGCCUGUAAGAUUGUGCAGAAUGACCCAAUCUGAUUUGAGCUUUGUAUUUCAGUGUGCGCUGUUCUGGACACAGUCGUAUGUAUAAAGUGCAAUUUGUGUAAUAUUUCUUAAAAAAAUGAAAAACCUAAAAAAAUAUAUGUCUAUGGCUGUAAAAACAAGUUUAUGAACAAAUAAUCAUCCGCUUAUUAAAAAGCAAACCUGGAACAAAA